UUUCCUUUCUGAUUUGCUUCAUUGCUUUAUCUUCUUCAAGGUUUUGAGCAUCUUCCUGCAUAGUGAUUAAGAAAAAAGUUAAACUUUCUUGAUUACCUGAAAAAUUUUGAAUGGAGACCCCUUCAUCUGCUAGAAGAGUCACCAGGUCACAGACUUUGGCUGCUUUGAACAACAGUAUCCCAGUUUCCAAAGGAAAAAAUAAAGAGUCUGAGAAGAGUGUGUCGAAAACAAGAACAAGAAAUGGAAAACAGCAACAAGAAAGGUCUGUUCUUAUUGAUGUAACAAAUGAUUCACCAAUUGUUGGGCUUGCAAUGGAGACACCAUCAUCUGCUAUAGCUAAGCAGAGGAGAGCCAAGAACAUGAUGAUGACUCCUGGUUCUGGUGAAGCUUUGUUAAGGGGUCAAGUCAAGACUCUCUUGCUAAAGGUUGAAGAAGAAGCUGAGCAGCUUAAAGUUUGCCGUCCUUUUCUUCAUAUUCAAGGCUGUGUGAAUUCCCCAAUGGGACUUCUGGCUCCUACUCCUGCAAAUACACCCCAGGUCUCAAAUCUUUCUGAGGAUGGAGCUAUUAACAACAGUGGAUUGGGUUCAAUAGUGAUGGCUCUUCCUGUUGUUGAAGAUCAGUUAAAGAUUUCUGAGGCGGUGAGUGGCAUAUUGGAUGGAAUGAAGCAAGAAGUGAGUCUUGAAUCCCAGAAAAGUCUUAUAACUAGAUCUUUGCUACUGGAUUUUUCUGAUCAGAAAUCAGAAUCCUUAGAUUCAUCAGAAUGCAAUUCUGUGGUGAUUGAUGAAGGAGUGAUAACAGGAGAAAGUAAUGCAUGCAAAGAGAAGACAUCUCCUGAUGAUGACAACGCCUCUAUUUGGUCUGUCCAGCUUAAUGCAAGCGCCCAUGUUGAAGAUGAGGAAAUAAUUGAAGAAAUGGGGAAUGACUACUAUGAAGAAGAAGAAGAUGAUGAUGAUUAUGAUGGAGGAUUGGUUGAUGAGCUCUGCGAAGGUUUAAGCAAGAUAUGCAUGAAAGAUAUGUUCACAGGAAAGCACACGAGAUUUGUGUACAACAGUGAUGAUGAGAUUGAAGAGUGUGCAGAGAAUGAGGAUUCAGAUGGCGUCUCCCUUGAUAUCAUACGCUUGAAGGGCUUGCCAACACCAAAAGGGAAGCAUCUGCGCUUUCCUAUGGAGGAGCAAGAUGACUGAUUCGGUUGUCUUUCUUGACGACACCCAUUUCUGGGCUUUCUUUUUUUUUUUUUCUGUCGUUUACAAGUAACUUUCUCAUCUGAUUGUGAAGUUCAUUAACUUCAUCGGAAAAACAGAACCGUGUAAUAUCACCA